ACGUCCGUCCGCGGGUCGCCGGGGCUGCGCUCGCCAUGGAGCCGCGGUGCCCGCCGCCGUGCGGCUGCUGCGAGCGGGUGGUGCUCAACGUGGCCGGGCUGCGCUUCGAGACGCGGGCGCGCACUCUGGGCCGCUUCCCGGACACGCUGCUCGGGGACCCGGUGCGCCGCAGCCGCUUCUACGACGGCGCGCGCCGCGAGUACUUCUUCGACCGGCACCGGCCCAGCUUCGACGCGGUGCUCUACUACUACCAGUCGGGCGGGCGGCUGCGGCGGCCGGCGCACGUGCCGCUCGACAUCUUCCUGGAGGAGGUGGCCUUUUACGGGCUCGGCACGGCGGCGCUGGCGCGCCUGCGCGAGGACGAGGGCUGCCCCCUGCCGCCCGAGCGCCCCCUGCCCCGCCGCGCCUUCGCGCGCCAGCUCUGGCUGCUCUUCGAGUUCCCCGAGAGCUCGCAGGCCGCGCGCGUGCUCGCCGUCGUCUCCGUGCUCGUCAUCCUCGUCUCCAUCGUCGUCUUCUGCCUCGAGACGCUGCCCGACUUCCGCGACGACCGCGACAGCCCGGGGCUCGCCGCGGUGGCUGCCGCCGGCCCGUUCCCUGCUCGGCUGAAUGGCUCCAGCCAGCUGCCUGGACCCCCGCCUCGCUUAGAUGACCCGUUCUUUGUGGUGGAGACGCUGUGCAUCUGUUGGUUCUCCUUCGAGCUGCUGGUGCGCCUGGCGACCUGCCCGAGCAAGGCAGCCUUCUUCAAGAACGUGAUGAACCUCAUCGAUUUCGUGGCCAUCCUGCCCUACUUUGUGGCACUGGGCACUGAGCUGGCCCGGCAGCGGGGGGUCGGCCAGCCGGCCAUGUCACUGGCCAUCCUGCGAGUCAUCCGACUGGUGCGCGUCUUCCGCAUCUUCAAGCUGUCCCGGCACUCAAAGGGCCUGCAGAUCUUGGGCCAGACACUACGAGCCUCCAUGCGCGAGCUGGGCCUCCUCAUCUUCUUUCUUUUCAUCGGUGUGGUCCUCUUCUCCAGCGCAGUCUACUUUGCCGAGGUCGACCGGGCAGACUCCCAUUUCACCAGCAUCCCUGAGUCCUUCUGGUGGGCGGUGGUCACCAUGACCACAGUCGGCUAUGGAGAUAUGGCACCCGUUACUGUGGGUGGCAAGAUAGUGGGCUCUCUGUGCGCCAUUGCCGGCGUGUUGACCAUUUCCCUGCCUGUGCCGGUCAUUGUCUCCAACUUCAGCUACUUUUACCAUCGGGAGACAGACGACGAAGAGGCCGCAAUGUACAGCCACGUGGACACGCAGCCCUGUGGCCCACUGGAGGGCAAGGUCAAUGGGGGGUUGGUGGAUGGAGAGAUGCCUGAGCUGCCACCUCCACUCUGGGCUCCGCCUGGGAAACACAUGGUCACUGAAGUGUGAGGGACAGUCGAGGUCUGCAGGACCUCGCAUUUCCCUGGAGGGAGGGAGGGGGUGGAGGGGAAGGUCAGGGGGAGGGGGUUGGGUUUAGGAAGAACUAGGUUAAGUGAUAAUGAGUUGGGGAACACUGAGUCUUUUUGGGUCUUCAGUUGUGUGGUUUGUUAGCUACUGUGGAUACCUCCUUAGGUGGCAGUGAAUGGCAAUGGGUUAUGCUGAGUUGACAGGGAGACUCCAUUGGUUUGUGUUGCAUUGGGUUGUGAAAGGCUUGUGAAGCCUUUAGGGGUAGUGUUGAGAUAGGUUUGGUCACAUAGUUUUGUGACUUUCUUACUUCCUUGUUGGGUUGGGUUGGGUUGCGAGUCUCUCUGAGUCUUGUCCAACUACAUUGUGCACGGUUCGGUGGUUUGGUGAGUCCUCUAGGGCAAUGUUGGGUCAAGUUAGGUGGCCACCCAUGGCAUUGUUGGGACUGAUUGCGUAUUCAUGCAUAGUGUUGUGGAGUUGAGUUGAGACAUGUUGGAAAUUGUGUGGCUUGGUGAUUCUUCUAGGGCCAUGUUAUUUUAGGUUCUGUGAAUUUGUCAGUCAUGUAGAAAUCCGAAGAGUCAAGUGAUAGAAUGUGAGCUUUCUAGAUCACAUUAGGUCAAGUUGGGUUGGAACGUAUGACUGUAUGUCUUUCAGGGUUCUGUUGGGUUGAAUUGUGUCGAGUUAUGUGGCUAGAAGUUUUUCGGGGCUACAUUGAGUUGAGCUGUAAUGAGUUUUAUGACCUUGUGAGUCUCGUAGGGCCAGUUCAGUUGGGUGGUACAACUGUUUGAGUCUCGUAGGGCCAUGCUGAGUUGAGUUACAUCAAGUUAUGUCAUUGUGAGUCCUGUAGGAAUGUUGGGUUGAGUUGGACUGUAUGUAUGAGUUCCCUAGGGCCAUGUUGGUUUGUUUUGCAUUUAGUAGUAGCAAAAGGACCCAAGGAUUACAGCACUGGGGAGGAAUCGUGUAUCACAGAGUGAGUGUGGUGUUGUGGACUCUGGAGAUGAACUGAACUGGUUUGCCCAGUGUCACUCACUAUAAUGGGUGGGGCUGGGUUCUGUAUCUGUAGAUUCAGUUGUUCUUGCAUAAGGCCUCUGGGUGAACCAGGAAGAUGUAGACAUUCCUUCUGUUUACCCCACACCUGCUUCGUUUUUCUAUUCAACCCCCUCUCUAUCUGUCCUCCCCUACAGUUUUGCUUCCAGACAUGGCGAUCAGAGCCACACAGGAAGGGGAAUGAGG